GACCACAGCUCCUCUACGCCUUCAUGUCUGUAUCCUUAAGCCGUAUCACUGAUGUGAGGUCCUCCCUGCGCUUGCCGCCAGUCCCGGGGAUUGCAAAUUUGCUUUCAAAGAAACGCUAAGAGGGUGAAGACAAAAGUCGGGGGCCCAAUUCGUUCACCGAGGAGGCAGCUGGAGCCUCACCGUUCCGUGGGAUUUGCGGCUGAUGGAGAUUCCCCUUCAGACCAAUUUGCUGGCUGAUUUUCGCUAAUAUUUCAGAGGGAGAUCGGACUAAACCCCGGCUGGCAAGUCCAGCCGCUCCGUUACCCCCUUACCUUGCUCUCCAACUUAGAGGCGGGGUAGAAAUUGUGAGACGAUAAUGAGGCGUCCUAUGUUGAAACCACUGAUUGGUUCAGCGGGCGAGAAGAGACCUAGCACUGCAGCUGGGGUCAGCGCGGCGCAUGCGUGAUCACUCGCCGUCCGCCAGCAGUUCUUGAAGGACAGCUGCAAAAAUGGAUAAAGACCAACUCCAGGAACCCAACUCCAUCUGCUCCAGUGUGCUUCAUGAAGAUGCAGUCGUUAUAAAGGAUUCAGAUAAAGAUGAUACUGAAGACAGAGAUACUUCUGUACUUCCCAAAGACUCCUGUUUACCUGUAGCUUCAAAACAUCUGAUUGGUUCAAAAAGCAAACGGAAACCUUAUCCUGAACUGCCACCAGCAUAUGUGCUUCCUUACCUGGUUCUAAUCAAGAAUUGUCUUGAUUUGCCACUUUCCACCAUCAAGAAACAAUGUCUCACAGGAGAAAUACUGUGCAAGAUAGACUCUUUAACGCUGAGGCACAAAAAGAAGAAGCCUCCUACUUCACUUGAAGCAGGAAAAGUACCAACACUUCAAGAAACUAAAUAUGUAACUUUUGAAGGCCUGGAGGACCUACAGUGGAAAUUAUUCAAAGGUCUGCUAAAACGAAAGCCAAAAACAAUCGGAAUUUGGAGGGAAGCAAAUUACAAAAAGAAAUCUGUUACAACUGUUAUUCGUCAAGCAAAGGAACACAUCCUUCCCCUGCUACCUAAAGACUGGAUAAUUGAUGAGUCCCUCAAGUUUUCCAAAGAAAAGAUUUUUUCCUUCUUUUUAGAAACUGAGUCACACCAGUGAAUAUGUAGCAGUCCCUGAAGUUCGGAAAGGAUCUAUGUAAACAAGCAAUAAACAACACAUUGUGCCGGA